GAAAGAGAACUGUGGGCAUGAUUCAAUGGUUAACUUAUUUCCUAAAUGAAUGAGAAAGGAAACAAGUUGCUGCAAGCUUCUACUCUCACUUCCUUAUGAGAGAAGACAUAGAGGCUGUCCCAGAGAGAGUGGGGCUGUUGUGCACACACAUCUCAGGCAAUCAUGGGUAACUGGGUGGAGAAUGAAGGACUGUCCAUCUUCGUCGUUCUUGUGUGGCUGGGGUUAAAUGUCUUCCUCUUUUGGUGGUACUACCUUGUGUACGAUGUCCCACCAAAGUUCUUCUACACCAGAGUACUCCUCGGCCGUGCCUUGGCCCUUGCAAGGGCUCCUGCAGCUUGCCUGAAUUUCAAUUGCAUGCUGAUUCUGCUGCCAGUAUGUCGAAACUUGCUCUCCUUCCUCAGAGGAUCAAGUGCGUGCUGCUCUACCCGUAUCAGACGACAGCUGGACAGGAACCUCACCUUUCACAAAAUGGUGGCAUGGAUGAUCGCCCUUCAUACUGCAAUUCACACCAUUGCACACUUAUUCAACGUAGAGUGGAGUGUGCAUGCCCGUGUUGAAGAGAAAGAAACUCUGGCAGCUGUGCUUUCCAGCCUUGGUGACAAACCUCAAGAAACCUAUGUCAACUUUUUUAGACAAACUAUUGGGAAUCCUGUGGGGGGCCUAUAUGUGGCUUUCACGUACUUGGCUGGUCUCACUGGCGUUAUCAUCACGCUGGCCCUCAUUCUGAUCAUCACAUCAUCCACCAAGACCAUCCGGAGGUCGUAUUUUGAAGUAUUUUGGUACACCCACCAUCUCUUUGUCAUCUUCUUUAUUGGCCUCGUCAUCCACGGUGCUGGGCGUAUUGUACGGGGGCAGACAGCUGAGAGUCUGGCUGAACAUAAUCCAGAGAUUUGCUACAAGAACUUCACUCACUGGGGGAAGAAAGGGGCUUGCCCAAUCCCCCAGUUUUCAGGGAAUCCUCCUAUGACAUGGAAAUGGGUAGUAGGUCCCAUGUUUCUGUACCUGUGUGAGAGGUUGGUGCGGUUCUGGAGGUCACAGCAGAAGGUUGUUAUCACAAAGGUGGUCAUUCAUCCCUUCAAGACAAUUGAGCUCCAGAUGAUGAAAAAAGGCUUCAAGAUGGAGGUUGGACAAUACAUUUUUGUCAAAUGUCCAGCUGUGUCUAAACUGGAAUGGCAUCCAUUUACAUUAACCUCUGCUCCAGAAGAGGAUUACUUCAGCAUUCACGUCCGUAUUGUGGGAGACUGGACAGAGGGCUUGUUCAAUGCCUGUGGGUGUGAUAAACAAGAAUUCCAGGAGGCAUGGAAGCUGCCCAAGAUAGCUGUGGAUGGCCCCUUUGGAACAGCGAGUGAGGACGUGUUCAGUUAUGAAACUGUUAUGCUUGUGGGAGCUGGAAUAGGGGUCACCCCCUUUGCAUCUGUGCUCAAGUCUGUGUGGUACAAAUACUGCCACGAUGCAACCAACCUAAAACUCAAGAAGAUUUAUUUUUACUGGCUUUGCAGGGACACUCAUGCCUUUGAAUGGUUUGCUGAUCUCUUGCAAUCUCUGGAGGCCCAAAUGCAGGAGAGGAAUAAUGCAGAUUUUCUCAGCUACAAUAUCUACCUUACAGGCUGGGAUGAAACUCAGGCCACUCACUUCGUGGUGCAUCAUGAAGAAGAAAAAGAUGUGAUUACAGGCCUUAAACAGAAGACCUUGUAUGGAAGACCUAACUGGGAAAAUGAGUUCAAAACUAUUGCUGAGCGGCAUCCUGGCUCCAGAAUAGGUGUUUUUCUCUGUGGACCUGAGGGCCUAGCUGACACACUCAGCAAGCAGAGCAUCAGCAACUCAGAAGCUGACCCACGAGGAGUACACUUCAUUUUUAACAAAGAAAAUUUCUAACUCCCUAAGCAUGUGGGAGUCAUUCAAUACAAAGUCUAAAGACUGGAUGUGUUUCUCUGUUUGGAGUCUGAGAGGGGCAGCCCCACUUCUAAUGUCAGCUACACUAACACAAAUCCCUUUGCUUCUUGGGAAUUAUUUUGGUGCUGUGGUAAAGUAAAAGAGUCAGGUUUUAGCUUAGGGAAGUUUGCACUGCCCUCCACGUGCUGGCUAUUUAGUAGAAAUCUAUUUUCUUUGUCUGUGUGAGGGGAUUUCCCCUCAAUUAACUGCCUUUAUCCUCCUAUUAUUCAUCAGGACUGCUCAACAGUCCAGGCUGACAUACCCAUUUGGGAGCCAAUUCACACUGAUAAAGCUUAAUGCUAUUGAACAAUAAAGCAUUCUAGCAUAAUGCUACUAGGAGACAGCUUAUCCUGGCUGCAGCCAGUCCCUGAAAAAAAGGGAGUUGGGGAAGGGUGACUGGGAAAGUUAGUCCCGUGCAAGAGGAAAACUCUUUUGCACACCAGUGUCUUCCAGGCUUCCAACAUAACCCAUAAACGUGCCGUCCAACAGAGCAUGCAGGCAGCUGAAAAGCAGCUUCUCCUCUUUAGGGAAGUAGAGAGCUGGAAAGGAACCACCUGGGCUCCUGAGGACCACCCCAGCUGCAGGGGUAUGACGAGGAGAGAUUCAACCCCAGGCCCACACCUGGCAUAUGAGCCAUCACUUUGCUGCUUUGAGCACUCUCAGUUUCAACUUCUUCAGGUUCAUGGUGCAGGGAUCCAAACAAGAAGAGGUUUUGUGUUUUCAAGACUGCCAUUGCUGAUUUUCGAGGCUGAACAAGCUUGUUGUUUAAUGAUUUAAUGGGUAUUUUCUGAAGCAGUCUUAAAAGCACACAGUGCUUUUGGCCCUGUUGCUCAGCUGUUCCCCUUUGAUGGUGAAAAAGGCUUGAGAAAGGAGUGACCACUUUAUUCACAGCUAUGAAAUAAGACUCCCAUGCAGAGCACAGUACUUCUCUGUGUACACUACAGGUAGCAGGUUCUUAAAAACAACAACAAAAAGAGAACUGAAACUUUUAAUAGCAGUAGGGAAAAUAUAGCAGAGGGGAAAAAAAAGGCAGUAAAACCAGAAGCAUAGAAAAAUUAUUGAAAAAGCAAGCACAAAAAAGCCUUGAAAAAGCCACAGUUAAGUAUACUAUCAGUCUUCUGUUCAUCCCAGUUGCCUGAUUAGUGACUUUUAAACUCCACAGCCAAGUCCUGUGAUAGUUCCUACACAGCACAAGACCUUGCUGACAGGUUCUUACAGCCACAGAAGAAAGUGGUGGUCUCCUUAUGCAAUUUCAGACAAGUUUGUGCAGCCAUCUGGUCGCAUGUGGCAUAUUUUACACCUCAUCUUGCCAGACAGGAUGUGUUCUCCAUUUAGAGCAUUUUUAAAUGUUAUUGAAGGUCUCAAAGCUACUUCAGAAAGACAACCUACCAGUUCCUAUUUAUUAAUAUCAGUUUUUGACAAAUGUUGGCAAAGAUCAACUCUUGGUGGGUAAUUUUACACUUCUUUCUCUCAGAAAGGCCAUAUUCAAAUCCAGAUAAUUCUGUCUGAAACACACCUAUUAAAGAAUAGUAGAACAAAGAACCAAAGAAACUUCUUCUGUGGAAUAAAAAACAUUGCUACUGAAAUAUAAUAAGUAUCUCAUCCUAUGCAGAGAGUACUGAAACUUUUGCCUUUGAUUUUAAUGAAAAUGUGAUCAAGCUUUUAUACUCUUAGAAAGUGGGCAAAGAGGAAUCACAAGGGUUCUAAUGGAGACAGUAUAUUUAUCGUAUGAAGAGUCUCGGAGGGGUGUAUUUUAAGUCACUCAUUAAUUUUCUAAAAGUUUCCAUGUUUGUCCUUAAAAGGGAUCUUUUCUGACUCAGUCAUUUGCAAUGACAGUCCCUAACCUGCUGCACACUUGUACCAGGGCUUGUUUGUCACCUGGAACUCAGAAAAAGUAAUUACAUGUUUAUUAAUAAAUCACCAUCUUCUUAAAACAUAUAAAAGAAUAAGCAAGUGAGAGCUUCUCAGUUUCUUUCAAAAGUUUGUUAUAUUCAUGCUAAAAUAGCAAGCUAUGCAUUAUCAGUCAUGGUCUGAAUAUGUUUAUGUCUAGGAUACAUGAGUGAAAUAGAGAGCACUAAAAUACAAAUAUAAGAGCCAAACUAGCUUGUCUUCAGGGCAGUGGGCUACAGGCGAGCCUAAAGGACAGUCCUCCUUUGUGGCCAAAUGCCACAGCUUGCAAUCUGACCAGAUUUCCAUUGGGGGUCUUGCUGAAAACUUCCUUCUUCUGUGUGUUCGUGGAUUUUCUCUCUGGGUGGCAGGGAAAGGGAUCACUUUCUCAAUAAACUGAUUCUUUUUCUGUGAAGUUGCUUACUCCAAAAGGCCUGCCCUGGAAACAAAGGGUGGUCUCUCACCUUUGUUUGAGAAACUGCAAAUGGUUCUCAGGCAGUUUUGGGAAGGCCAUCUGGCACCAUGACCCUGCUGCAGCAGCACCAUCAGUGUUUUCUGAAAGGCAGAGCUGUCUCAGGGUUGGUUCUGUAGAUCUCGAGGUGAAGCAGAGCGAGUAGGGUAGCACUGAAUGGUUGAAGGCAGGACUUGAGGGAGUUCCACGUAUCAUUGAUGAGGGUCAAUUGCCACCACAAAACUCUUCCUUCCAUCUUUAUAAAGCUCCUG